GGCGGCGAGUAGUGGACUCCGUCCGUGUAGCACAAUGAGUCCCCUGGAAGGGACGAGAGUAUUAGACAUGAGCAGAAUUCUAGCCGGACCCUUCUGCGCAAUGCUCCUGGGAGACCUCGGUGCCGAAGUCAUCAAGGUGGAGAAACCGGGAACCGGGGACGAGACCAGGAACUGGGGUCCACCUUUCGUGCAUGGUCAGAGUUGCUAUUUUCUGAGCGCCAAUCGAAACAAGAAAAGUGUUGCGGUUGAUCUCAAAAGCUCGAAAGGCAAAACGAUAGUCCAGAAGCUGGCGGAAACUUCCGACAUUCUAAUCGAAAAUUUCGUGCCGGGGAAACUCGAAAAGCUCGGUUUGGGAUACGAACAGCUCCGCGAGAUCAAUCCCAAGCUGGUGUAUCUUUCUCUCACUGGCUUCGGAACUCAAGGGAAGUAUAAAGAUCGCGCGGGCUAUGACGUCAUCGCAGCUUCGAUGGGUGGACUCCUCCACAUAACGGGACCCCUGGACGGAGAACCUUGCAAGGUCGGCGUUGCGGUCACGGACUUGGCAACGGCUUUGUAUGCGAAAGGUGCCAUCCUGACGGCGCUUCUACAGAGAAUCAAAACCGGUCGGGGUCAGAAGAUCGAAUGUGAUCUCCUGGGAACUCAAGUGUCACUUCUUGUAAAUAUCGCUUCGAACUAUCUCAACGCGGGGACCGAAGCCAGGCGGUGGGGAACUUCCCAUGAGAGUAUUGUCCCCUACAAAGCCUACCGCACCAAAGACGGCUACAUCACUGUCGGCGGCGCCAGCGAGAAACAGUUCAACAUCCUGUGCGAGCGUCUCGGUCUGGAGAAACUUGUUCUCGACGAGAAAUUCUCCACGAACGCUCUGCGAGUCGCCAACCGAAAGGAGCUCGACUCGAUCAUCCAGGAGAGAUUCGCGCAGAAAACCAACGAAAGAUGGCUCGAGAAGCUCGAGGGCUGUGGUAUGCCCUACGGUCCGGUGAAUACGCCCCGGGACGUAUUCGAAGACGACGAGAUAAAGCGCCGAAUGGUUGUCACCGUGCAGCAUAGCGCUGGAGGGGACGUUCGUCUUGUCGGACCCGCCGUCCGAUUCAGUGAUUCUCAGAACGCCGUCAGGAGUGCACCGCCCGUGUUGGGCGAACAUACCGUGGAAGUUCUCUCGCGAUUCUAUGGGGAAGCUGAAAUCGGUGAGUUCAUCGCGGAAAAAAUCGUGCAAGCCCAUUCGAGAUGACCGAGGAAGCCGACCUGAGAGCAGUUCCAUGAACGUUUGUGC